CACAUAUAUCUAUCAAAAUGACUUCCGUUAUCAAGCCCGCCCCCUCCCACACCCUCCCCAAGUGCUGCGCCAUCCCCCCUCUCACCUCCACCUACGAGCCCAAGGGCUCUAUGGUCAAGAUCGCCGACCUCGACUGUUACUCCGCCGGUCCCGUCGACUCUGAGACCGUCAUUGUUGCUAUCUACGAUAUCUUCGGUAUCCUCCCUAACACCCAGCAGGGCUGUGAUGUCCUUGCCGAGACCUUGAAGUGCCGUGUUGUCAUGCCCGAUUGGUUCAAGGGCAAUGCGGUUCAGAUGCCGAUCACUGAUAUGGAUGCUGUUUACAAGUUUGUUUAUGCCAACUUGUACCCCGCUCAUGAGGCCGCCUUCAAGACUUUGAUCGAGCAGCUCAAGACCGACGGCGCCAAGAAGCUCGGUGCCUACGGUUUCUGCUGGGGCUCCAAGAUCCUCCUUCAGGCCGACGCUUUCUUCGGCGGUAUCGCCCUCGUCCACCCCUCCCUCCUCGAGGACUCCGACGCCGACAAUGUCAAGUGUCCCGUCGCCCUCCUCCCCUCCAAGGAGGAGACCGUCGAGAAGUGUGCCGGUUUCUGGGAGAAGCUUGAGAAGAAGGAGUUUGCGGCCAAGAACAUGUACAAGCGUUACGAUGAUGUUGCUCACGGAUUCGCUGCGGCUAGGAGUGACUGGUCUGAGGGAAAGCUCGAGGGUGAGCGUGCCAGGGAUGUCUACCAGACUAUGUCUGAGUGGUUCAAGGCUGUUCUCUAA